ACCCACAAAAACUAAACUUACUGUUUUGUUCAGAGAAACAUCACGCAGUCAGGCAAGACUACAAGCCUUUAUUUCAAACAUGUUAUUUUCUGCUUCCCGUGCUAUGUGGAAAGAUCUUCCAGUGAGACUCUAACCAUAGUCUAAUAGAUGACGUGAGUGUAAGUAGCUGAGAUUUAAUUUGUGCAUCAAAGAAAAGAAAAAAAGAAAGCUAGGAAAUUCCUAGGAAGCAAAAGUCAAUAUAAUUUUGUAAUAAACUUAUCCAAUGACUUAUAAUUACUUUAUGAUAAUUCCUAUCCAAAUGCAUCUUAACUACUAGGCAUAUCUAAUGUAUUUGCGUAACUUCAUGUUUUCUCCUAUAUCUUUUCAAAAAUAAUACACAAUUUUCCAUUAAGUUUAUAUGAUUGACCACAAGAUGAAAUGCACUACAGAAAUCACAAAACAUUAUUUUCAUUAUGGGUGACUUUUCCUAUUGCCAAGCCAAUGCUUAUUCCUCUGUUUGAUUUAGCAUGAUUAAAAACACUGUGAAUGUUCGCAAUUAUCUAUCCUAUGGAUAAGGUAGUUGGUUAGUAAGCCUACUAAAACAUCUAUAUUACGUUUAGCAGCGCUACGGCUUUGCACAUGGCUAUUAGCAAUAAAACUGUCCCGUACACAAAAAGGAAGAGGGAGAUGUCAGUCAUAUAAUUUAAUCUGAUUAUAAUAAAAUUCAAUUUCUGCCUCCUUCAAAUUUUCUCUGAAGCUGUCGAUGGUCCCUAAAAGUAAUCAAGGGACAGGCAGUCACAUCAUAAUGUAGACAGCUUCCUCUCCACCAUCAAGAGUACACAUAUUUUCAGUAUCGUGGUGCAGAGGUGCUUCAACAGCAGCAGAAGUUUCAUUUAAUUUUCACAUUAUUUUAUUAGAAAAGGUAUAUUUUAAGAGGUUUUAUUUUACUGACAAAGUUGAUAUACUUGGAUUCAGUUUAUCCAUUGACUAUCACAGCUAUCACUGGACUACAUACUAGGUGUAGUUGUAUUUACAAGUUUAGGCAAACUGAGGCCAGAUCUGUAAAAAUAAGUAAUAUGUUUUAUUAAACCAACUGGUGUAGUUUCCCACUAAUAUGCUCAGAAAGUGUAGCUAGAUGUACAUUCUGCAUGACUUCAGGAAGGGGUUUGUGUGUCCAAAAGUACCUGAUUUUUUCAUCUGUUGGCUUAAUUUGAAAAAACUAUCUGUAGACUUUGCCUUAUUUUUGUACCAAAGUGUCUUCAUUUCAUAUGUCUGGGUUUUGUCAUUUUUAGGAUGUCUGUAUAAUUUGUUGGCAGGAGAUGCAACAUAACAUGACUUUUCAGGUUGCAUCAACUAUGAGUUGUAUUUGGGUCAGAAAGAAAAUAGUAUAUUUCUAUAAAGUUUGAAAAUCUGCAACAGUCGGCUUGCGAAAGGAAAAGAAACAACUUUGGUUUUACACCCCUUCCCUGAAUCACCUCAGUCUCACUUUAAGUUUGAUAAUGUAACCCUUCAUUUGAGACUCAACUCAUUGCUUACAAAGAAAUAUUUAAUUGUUGUUUUGAUAAUGUGAUGUAUCAGCACUAUAUCUUGCCCUGCUGGCUGGUGAAUUGUAGGUUGGAUUGACAAGCUGAAUUUAGUAGGUGGGACUUCCAAAUGGCCAGUUGAACAUGGCAAUAUGGCAGUUCUGGGCAGGAGUGCCCCCAUCUGUAUUCUGUGGCAUCCAUGUCAGCAGCCGUUCAGACAAAGGUGAGAUAAAGAUGCAAUGGGGUAAGGUGACGUGUGUUUUAAUUAGCUGGACUUUUAACAAGUAUUAUAGCACAUACGUGUGACAAAGAUAAAGGCCUCACUGUGUCAGUUCCAGCCCCCAAAUAUUCUUACAGACCCACUGCACAUUUCAUGUACAAGAGGAACACAGUUUAUGUUCUCAGAGCAGCCAAAAUCACUUUUACAUCAGGCAAUACUUAUCAGAGGUUAUUCGUGCUUAAGUAUAGCUAUUAUUUAGUUGUAAAAUAGAUCCGGCCUUUUGCUUCUUGGCUCUUAACUUACACUUCUCCAACUUUGCUAUGCAUCAGCACUAUCUUGGCUCAUUUAUUGGAACUUUGUAUGGAGACUGAGAAUUUGGACACACACAAUCAGUUCAUGCCCAUAAGAUGCGGGUUUUUUUCAUUAUUCUGUCCAAAAUCUCUUUUACUUCUUCAAUAGAAUUGCUCGUUCUUCCCUUUUCAAAACUGAAGAGGAAAAAUAAGCAGUAUUGAAAGAAUGGAUGGCCUGAGCCAGUGUCUAUGUCUUGAGAGGUUGAGAUAGGACAUUAGGAAAAUAUUACUCACUAUGUUAUGAAAGAGCUGAUGGACUCUUCUCACUUGGAGGACUGAUUUAUAAAUUCAGCUAGCAAAAAAGCCACAGGUAGCCACAGCUGACCUGGUAUAGUGGUGCUUAUAGUCCUCCUUGGGGAAGAGAGUUGAACUAAAUGAUUUCCAUAGGGUCCUUGAGGCCCACUCUUGUAUGAUUGAACCAAUAUAAACAUCAAGGGCUAUUUAACUAAGGUUUUACCCAGUAAAUUAUAAAUUAAGUAAUAUCAAAAUAGGUUGACACAAUAUGUGCAGCAGUUUAGAGACAGUGUUAAUUCAGGACUAAGAGCAGGUUAAUUCACCAAAAAAGGGCAAGUUCUAUGUUUUUAUGAAGGAUAAAAUUCUGAUGACUUACUCCUCUUAGAUUGUUUCUUUCCUGUUCAUUUUAGAAGAGCUAUUAAUGGAGUAUAUUACUUAUCUGAUACAGACAGUCUCCAUAGGCCCCUUAUUCUACUCCAGUCUUUUUAUGACAACCCUAUUUCCUUUACUUUAUAUAACUUUGAUUUUGAGGCUCCUUUUUCACUGUUUCAGUUUUUAUCUAUAAGCAUAAAAAGGUGACCUCAUAGUUAUAAAGAUUAAGAUCAUUAAUUUUGAAAUGCUUUGGAACUACAGGUUGUUCUGGCUGGUGUAUCAGUAAACUUCCUUGAAUUGCCUCUUUUAUCAACUUGAAGUGCGUGUAAUUCUGUUGACCAAAAAAUUCAAUCUCUAAAUAGAAGUAAAUUACGAAAGAAAAUCAAAAGCCUUUCAAGGUCUGUUUCACAUCCUAAAAUCAUUAUAAAUACAAGUUCACUGAGAUUGUUUUGCAUAUCUUAACCUUGAAAAUAAAAUAUCUUUGGAAGCUAUUUAAAUUUUGUGAAGAUUUUUUUCAUGAAAGUUUUAAAAAUUAAAUUAUAGUCCUUUUUCUUUAAAUAUAAUUCAGUAUUAAGACUGUCAAGUGGUUGCCACACUAAUUAGAUUCAUAUUGCAUGCGAUAUCUAGACAGACUUGUUGCAUCUAUACUUGUUGAUUUUUCCACUAGAUGGCAUUAUGCAUUAACUACAAGUUAAUUUAUGAGUUUAACCAUAAUUUCACAUGCUAAAGAUUUAAAAAAUAAGAAGUGAUCUAUUGUGCUUGCUCUCAAGAGCUCUCGCAAGAGCGAAAGAACUGUGUCUCAAAAAUCACUUGACCUAUUUCUGCCUAACAGUAACCCAAUCUCUUCGUAAUGCAUCAAAUAUGGAUUUACUCAGAAGCAAUAAGGGAAGUCAGCCAUGGCAACAGUAUCUGAUCCUGUGUGCGGAGUAUCUUCUAGAAUAAAACUCUUCCAACCUUUUCUGCAUUUAAUUUUUAAAAAGUGACUUCAGUGUUGCAAAUUCCUUCCUUUUUGGCUACAUGGCUUCAACUGAAGUGAUAGGAAGUGUCCUAAGUAAAGCUGCAAUGCUGAAGAAUGCUGUAAAUAAAGAACCUCAGAUGAGCUCUUUUUUUUAUUUGGAAGCUAUUUCAGGAUAGAUUAUCAGAAUAAUUUAUCACUUCAAGUUUAAAUAUAGAUAUGCUUUUGUUUCCUCCACCCAGAUAACAGUGAUCCCUAACAAAAUUAUAUGGUGCUCAGGAGUGAGGUUUGUAGAACUUAAGCUCUUGACCAGCGAAGCACCAUCUGAUGUGAAGCAAAGGUCAAAUACCUUCCCAAGUACUGACUAGUGGGAUUUUUGCUUUAAUCCCAAGAUUAGUGGUGACUGGACAAGGUAAGAUCAGCAGUCCUGGCAGCAAGAAGGCAAUGGCAAGGAUUUGGUAUGUGAGAACCAAGGGAGCAGCGCUAGUGGUCUGGGGGAUGGAAAGGAAGGAGAUGAAACAGGGACAAGUAACAAAGCCAGAGAUGGAGGAAAAGAGGAACCACGGAGGGAGAACAGUGUGGUGACAGGAAGGCCCAAAUUUUUCAUGCCAGGCUUGCUGUUGUUUUUUACGCGUGCUAGUGUGUGUAGGUACAUGGGUAUUAAUUUUAAAUCUGUAUUCUGGGGGAAAAGAGGUGAUCCUUUGUUUUAAACUUGUCUUCCAGAACUGAGAUAGUAUUCACAAAAGAGGGUGCAUCAAAUUGCUGAUCAGAUAUGUAUUAUUUAGGAUACACUUCCCUGCAUUCCAUAUUCUGAACUGGCUUUCUUCUUGAUUCUUCAUGUAGAAAGUAAGAGGCUCUAGGCUGGAAAGGGAUAAUCUAAUAUAAUAACAGCUAACUUUAAGAAGGGGUAUAGAAUACAAGCUGGAUGAACCAGUUCAGUUAGCUUGGGCUGGUAAUGGGAAAGCAUCCAAGGCCAAGAAAACACGUAAAUAUUAGCUUAGUAUUAAACAGGUCUUUUAAAUUGUCAUCAUGGGCAAACACAUAAUAGAAAAGGAGUUAAACUUGUGCUUAGAGUCAUCUCUGCAUUGGGGUUUUGUGAAGAGGACUACCAAUGCCACUUGUAAAAACUUAUCACAAACAUUGCCAUAAAUUCAGGCUGUUAAACUAUUUGUGUUUUCUACUUAAAACUUUAUUUUACUCAUGCUACCUCAUGAGCUUUAAUAAACUAGAAUUUUAACUGUCCUAUGCAGUGCAUGGCUGUAGAUAAUGCAAUAUGUCAUUCUUUUACAUACAAGUGUUUGUGGUUUGUAUUUGUCUAUGAUAGUCAAUAUGAUUCAACUCUUUUGUAACACUGUUAUGAAAGAAUAUGGCAUGAUACCUGCCCUCUACCACAAUGCUGUUAAACUUUUUUCAAAGACUACGUGAGCAGGGUGAGUGCCAGGAAAUUUUGGCCAAGCAUCCAUCUUUUACGCAGCACUGAUCUCUCCUUUCUUAAUCCCCAGCUCAUGUUGCAGAGGCUGGAAUCAGCUCACAGGUACAUCGCUGUAUGAUGGAGACUGUAACACUAGUCAAUGCUGGUGUUAAUUUCUGUCACCUCCUGUCACACUGAGGUUGAUGGUGGCAAAUUCUCAGAGAUAUGGAUAUGGUGGAUGGGUACAGCUGGAUCAUCACUGCCAGGAGGGCACAAGGACCUAAGAGAGGGACAGGCAAAGAUGAUGAAGGAUGGAAAGGUUUUUAGAGUUAUUCAGGAGAACUGCUGGGAUCCAGAAGUACGAAUUAAAGAGAUGGACCUAUCAGGAGUCACAGUCCAAGUCCUUUCCACAGUCCCUGUGAUGUUCAGCUACUGGGCCAAACCUCAGGAUACUUUAGAUCUAGCCCAGAUAUUAAAUAAUGACUUAGCUGCUACAGUAAAAAAGUACCCCAAGAGGUUUAUUGGCUUGGGUACAUUACCUUUGCAAGCUCCAGACCUGGCUGUGAAGGAAAUGUAUCACUGCGUGAACGAACUUGGGUUUCCUGGAGUACAAAUAGGAUCUCAUGUCAAUGAAUGGGACCUGAAUGCACCGGAACUGUAUGAUAUUUAUGCCGCUGCUGAACAAUUAAAUUGCUGUCUCUUUGUGCAUCCCUGGGACAUGCAGGAAGAUGGAAGGAUGUCCAAAUACUGGUUUCCCUGGCUAUUAGGCAUGCCAGCAGAAACAACCAUAGCCAUUUGCUCCAUGAUCAUGGGAGGAAUUUUUGAAAAAUUUCCUAAGCUGAAAGUUUGCUUUGCACACGGAGGUGGAACUUUUCCUUACACAGUGGGGCGAAUCUCCCAUGGAUUCAACAUGCGCCCUGAUUUGUGUGCAGUGGAUAAUAAGGUGGAUCCAAGAAAAUACCUUGGUUCGUUUUACACAGACUCUCUUGUCCAUGAUCGUGGUGCACUAAAGCUGCUAACAAGUGUAAUAGGAGAGGACAAAGUUAUUUUGGGGACAGAUUACCCUUUUCCGCUUGGGGAACUGGAACCUGGAAAAUUGAUUGAUUCAAUGGAAGAUUUUGACAACAAACUGAAGGAUAAACUCAAGGCUGGCAAUGCUCUGGAAUUUUUGGGUCUUAGCAGAAAACAAUUUGAAUAAUGAGGAAGAUUAUUAAAGAGACCAAACUUCGGAAAUAAUGUUGAACCCUUAGGGAUACCUUUAUUUGCAUGUACAAUUCUACAGGUGAAAAAUCUAUUUUAACAACUCUAUUAUGGUCUACUGUUAUUUCCAAAACAAAAGUGAGAGUAGUGGAAAUGAGUAUGCACAGGUAUUUCUGUGCAUCUGAGGAUUUAGGUUGUAUUCAAACCAUUCUGAAAUCCCUGCUUUCAUUAAAAAGAAAAAUUUCAUCUUUUGCAGUUGCACUAAAAAUCUCUGAAUGAUAAUCAAGGUCAUGUUUAUUAGGACUUGAUUCUCAGGAACAAAAAACUGAGAAAAUGAUGACUUGCAUCCAUUACAUUUCAGUCUUUGUUAAGCCAAAUAAACAGAAUUUAGAAGAAUAUUAAACCAGAAUUUAAACAUAAUCUUGUUGAUGCCUUUAAGCCAAUUGAAGCUGCAGCAUACCGCACUUCAGCUCAGCACUGCAAGUAUAUGCACUGACACUUUGUAAAUGUUGUGAUGGAAUAAAAAGGUCUAUGUGGGGACUCGUGUAUGUUUUAGCUGCUGCCUACACCACUGGCAACUUAUUCAUCAGAAACAACUUAAGCAAUAUGGUUGUAGGUGCAGAAAUAAUGUAUUUGUGUGGGUAAUACUUUGCACGUCACUGUCAAAAUAAAUACUAGUGUUUAUCAACA